AUCCCUGAUUUUAGAGCAUGACCAGUUCACUCACCAUACAGACGUGUAACAUGGAUACACUUCUCAUCUUUCUGUGCAUAGUUGGCUGCCUAGCCGCAGUCCUAGGAACUCCACAGUAUGGCAUGCCGUAUGAUGAUGAUUAUUCAGGCGGUGGGGGCGGAGCAAUGAUGCCAGGAAUGAUGCCCGGGAUGGGUAGUGGUUACCCAAUGCCGAUAACGAUGCCAGGAACUGGAAUGGGAGGGGGCAUGGAUGGCAUGUAUGGAGGCGGGGGCGGUGGCGGUGGCGACUACGGUGGUUACGGAUACCCGGGAUAUGGAGGGUUUGGUCGACCUAGGUACUGUAAAUGCAGGAAACAUUGUCGCCGCAAUGAACGAUAUAUGGGAAAAUGCUGCAGAACAGCAUGGAGAUGUCGUAUUAGGUGUUGUAGAUAUUAAGAGGGUCUAACAACAUCUGGAGUACAUGACGUUGGAACAGCUUGGAAUUGUUUAUUAUGUAUAUAUUCUUAUUGUUAAAUUUGCUUUAUCGCAUUAAAAUACUGCAGUAAA